AGUACUAUAAUUAACUCGAUUCAAGACUCUAAAAGUCUGACCAUAAAAAAAGAAAUAAAUGACUAAUGUUAUGUCAUUAAAGAAGGAAUUAAGACAUAAUUUACCAUUGAUCAUGGGUCUAUGAGUGAGACUUAGGUAAUUUCUGGUACGGAAAUAGAUGGUGUUUGGUAUUUUGAUUGUCCUGGGUUUGAUGAUAAUGUAUCUGAGUAUAACCGUAUAGCUCACAGAAUUAAUUUAUACAAUUAUUUAAAGAAGGCAAAAAAAGUAAUUGGUUUUUUAGUUAUGGAUGGAUCUAUCAAAGAUGCUUAAAUUAUUAAAGAUACUAUUAACCCUCUUUAUGAAUUGAUGGAAGAUAAAAACUAGCUAUUAUUGGAACAUGAAAAAUGGCUUUCUUUAAUUUUGGUUAAAAUUAAGAAAAAUGCAAGAUAGAAUUGUAUAAUUUACCUCAAAAUAUUUCUAAUUUUCUUUCAGAUUGUGACUUUAUAUAUUUAUCAAAAAACACAACUAUUUUAUAAAUUAAAAAAAAUGCAAAUACUUUGGUCAAAAGUUGGGAAUAAGCCUAUCGUGGAUAAUUAGAUGGCAAUUACAGCAUUUUUAGAUAAAUGUAUGAAAAUAGUAAUUAAUGUGUUGAAUUUUAUAAGGCAAAAAAAAAUUGUUAAAUGAUAAUUAAUAAUUUGAAACAUUAAAAAAUAAUACUAGGUAAAAAAUAAUCGAUAUAGUUCAAAGAUAAUUGUAAAACAAUGAAUUUAAAGUGUAAUUUUAGUUGAUGAUGGAGAACAAAUUGUUUUAUUUAAUUCAAGAUGGAAUUGCAAUGCUUAUCAUUAAAGUUCAGCAUAUUAUGUUAAUUUUUCAAAACUAAUUCAAUCAUUAUAUUUUAGAAAAUCAAAGUGAUGUUUCAUAAAAAGAACAGAUUAUUAAAUAACUAUAAUCCAUUCUGAAAGAAGAUAUUAAUUAAAAUAAUUUAGAAGUUAUUCUAUUUUAAUUAUAAAGUUGGUGUCAACAAUUAAUUGGACAUGAAAUUAGUUUUUUUUUUUGGAUUAGCUAAUAUCUGAUGCUACAUCCUACUUGAAAAUUUUAUUUUAUACAAAAAAUAGGAAUAUAGCCCUAUUCAAUAUAAAUACAGAAAUAAUCAGAAAGAACCUGGAAGUCGCCAUGUAAUUAAUCACUUAAAUUGAGAAAAGCGAUUAGAAUUUGAUUAGAUUAGGAAUGAUAUCUUUGAUACAUGUUAUAUCUUCAGUGCAACUAUUAUUAUUUGAAUCUAUAAUAAUAAAUUAAGGUAAGAUGUCUAUAGAAUAGCGCGUUGAUAAAUUCAAAAAUAGAGUAUUAAAAUUAAAAUAUGAAUUGCAUUUAGAAUCGUAAGCAAGGAAUGAAAGAAUUUGA